AAGAAGAAGGCGAGGAGCGAACCGAAUGCGAGAUAGGGACGGAGCGAUUGCGUGUGGGAGGAGGGAAAAGACGCGUGGCGCGUUGUCACGCAGUGCAACUGCUAUUGUGACAUCUUCGGGCUGUACCCACACGAUCCUCCGAAAUGAUUUGCCUCAACGUUUUCUAUCGAUGUCAGAAACGUUUUUGCAACACGGACUUCGCUCGACUCCAUUUAACUCACUUAAGUCGCAAUGGUUAUUAAUUAUGGCGAGCAUUAAUUGGACGGCAUCUUGUGCAUCCAUCAGAUCAUCAGAAAUUAUGAAUUCCAAUUUCCUGUAGUAGUUCUAUGAUCUUUAAAACAUUCUAAAGGAAUUAUAAUUUUUAGUCACAGAACUAGAAUUACGUGCAGGAAUUUCGUUUCUCCAAGUACAGUAUAUAUACAUAUGUCAUAUACACGCGUAUCUAUCACUCUCAAUUUUUCUAGAAGAAUAAGAAAUAUUCCAAGUUUUGUCCGACGUAUGGCGUCGAAGAUUGAUUUUUCAAUUUAAAAUUGGUCAAAGUUGAUCAAAUCGAUCAUCGUGGGCAAUGUCUGGUGGUGAAAUGAAUUUGCUGACAAUUUACUUUCCGUGCAUGCACGUUUCAAGUAUUUGACUCACGCACCCUUCGAGCGAGCGAAAGGAAGAAGGAGGGACAGGACAAGCGCGCGACCAAGGGGAAAGACCAAAUAGUUCUGUGAACAUUGCAUCCUCCGUCAAUCGUCGGCUGCAUGUCAAUGAACUAGCAUCGAACAUUGGACAGAAAUCGAGGACCAACUCUCGCUGACCAUCGUGAGAAAUCGAGUUUCUAGCGUAAAUUUCUCGCACGUUUUGUAUCGUGCCCAAGGAAUGUCUUAAUCACGAUCAGAAUUCGCAGUACCCUGCCUUCAUUUGAUUACACUACAUAAUAGGAGCAACGCGAGUUUCUACAUCUCAAAAUGCCACGACGUAGAAAUUAACUACACCAUUGAAAGCUGAUUGUGUUCUGCGAUUUGGAUAAUGCACCGUGUCGACUGUUUCACCGUUUGCCGGCUUGUCAUUAUGGAAAACUUUGUCGUCGAGAAACAAUAGGAAUACAAUGAGAGAAAUUGGAACGCAUCGAGCCGGCAAUAAAUGCCAAUUUCGAAAAAUGAGAUGUCUCGGAACUUCCUCGAACUCAUGCGUAAAGAAAACGUUUGAGACGAAAGGUCAACAAAACGAUUAUAGAUUUUGAUUAAAAGUAUAAAUUUAAUUGUAUAUUUAUUUAUGUAUUGGCUAUUGGAGAUCAUUUUCUGCAAUAGUAGGAUUCUAAGUUAAGAUCUUAAGUUUAGGAUCGUCGAUAGCCUCGAUUUGAACAAUUGCAAUUUCUCGAUAGAUCUCGUUAGUUGCGACAACGAGAAAUCUGCGAGUUAGCGCCGUGUAAAAGCUAGAAAAGGCGGCCUCCAUAACGCGGAAAUAUACGCCGUGCAUCAUAAAUAAGAUUCAAAUAUCUCGAGUCUGCGCGCUGAAACUGCCUCCAUUGAGCGCAUUGUCAUUGUAGUCUGAUAUAUGUGCUAUUUGUUCUCGUGAAAAUUCGCUGUGCAACGAAAUUCUCCGUCGUUCUCUCGAUUCGAAUAGAUGUAAUUGUAAGCGAAACUUCGCACGUGAAACUAUGCACGAUACGAGAAACUAGAAGAAAUUGUGUUCACAUCGAGCGAGUGAAAGAAAUUGAAUCCAGUUGGCCCUAAAAAAAGUAAUUGUACGAAGUCACAGAUUACAAUGAUUCGCGAACGAUGUUUGAAUCGUAUCCGAAAGUUGAGGAGAAAUUUAGCGAAACAAAAGUAAUGAAAGCAAAGCUUCGCAGAGAGGUUUACCGACUGCGUGCGGCGAGGACUUGCGAGGGGGUGGCGCCUUCGGCAAAAUUCACUGUAGAAGCGCAACCCUCUGGAGAGACGGAGUGGCGGAGGAUCGACACGGUGGGGUGGUGGAACGAGAAACUCUUUCCGUGAAAGUGUCAGGGUGGAUUGGCGCUGUCAUAUGGAAGCAAACGAGGCGCCGUGUUAGGCACUCUGGCCUGCACGGACGCCUUGCUGUGUGAAAAAAAGAAAAGUAUUUUGGUGGAGAGGGGUUGGAAGCGGGCCGCGCGCUCAAACAGAUCCUUAUUAAUUCGAUCAGUAAGUGUUGAUUGUAUAUAAUAAAAAUGGCGGCCAGUAAACCACCGGAAAUGAAUUACACGUGCGAAAUUUGCGGCCUGGAAGGUUUUAAUGACGAAGAAAUGAGAUCUCAUAUGGUUUUCUAUCAUCUUCAAGGAGCCGCAAAUUGCCCCUUCUGCGAUUUAGGUGAAAUUUCGCCAACAGAAAUGUUGACCCACGUUAACAGUGCCCAUCUCGAUUACUUAACACCAAGUACUCCAGAGAAUGACAUGAUGGCAUUCAUUGAUGAUGAUUCAUUAGUGGAUGAUAGAAGAGAUGAUGAAUGCCGUGGACCAUGUCCUUCCCCAACCAUGUCUCCAAGUCCUCCACUUCUUCAAAAUGGUUGGAGUAGUUCAUUUAGUGUUCCACGUGUUAAACAACAGCAAGAAGUACCAAAAGCGGAAUCACAGAUUCCUAGUGCGAAUGUUAAUAAUAACAAUAACAAUAAUAACAUUGGAAAUGUUAAUAAUGUUAUUGAAGGUGCAGCUGGGCAUGGGUCUCCAUUGCGUUCAGGCCUAAAUUUACAACUACGUUCUCAUGCUUCACCAAAACUUCCAGUUCAAGAAUGUCCUAUGUGUCCCUACAGUUCUGACAGUCCGUUAAGGCUAGAAGAGCAUAUCAACAGACAACAUUUUGAUCUCACUUCGCCGUCCUUUCCACCUGAAUCUCCACCACCACGCGAUGGUGUUUUUAACUGCCCUCUUUGCAUCACAUCUUUUCCAAAUUCUUCUGAUCUUGAAUUACAUGUUAAUAUAGAACACAAAGAUAUUUUGAGCCCUGCAAAUGGCGCAGGUUCUCAAUCAGCUCAAGCAACUAUUGGUAGUGAUACACCUGCAUGUCCAGUUUGCUUCAGUACUUCAUUUAAAAGCAGCGACGAAUUAACUGCACAUAUUGAAGAACAUUUCAGUAAAAAGUGCACUCCAUCUCCUAUAACUCCAGAUUUGUCUACUGAUAGAAUGUUAGCAAAGGAUAUGGAAAGACUUGAGAAGGAGCUUAGAAAAUUACGUGAACAACGUGAAUUUGAAAUGCUAAGGGCGCAAUAUGGAAUGGACAAUCAGGGGAAUUUUAGAGAACAAAGCGUUACUAAUAUGCAGCGAGCUGUAUAUUCAGGGGAAAUGACGAUUGCCGAUUAUUAUGAAAGACAGACCGAACUUAGAGUCGCUGAAAGUAGCGGCAUCGAUGAUGGCAGCUCUUGUACACGCGGAUUAGUUCCCAAGAUACGAGCUGUCAGUCAAGCAUGUAGUAAUGUAUUAAGCACCUGGAUGUGUUCUACUGUAGACCAUUAUGCUACUACUUAUGGAGAUAAAGGAUGGGGAUGUGGUUAUAGAAAUUUGCAAAUGUUAAUUUCGUCACUUUUACAACAUACAGGGUACAAUGAGUUAGUUUAUAAAGCAUGGAAUUCUGGUCUGGGUAGCGGUAGUUCUGCCAAGAUUCCACUACGAAGCUCUAUACCGUCGAUCUCUAGACUUCAGAAAAUGAUAGAAUGGGCUUGGGCCCAAGGUUUUGAUACUCAAGGAGCUGAACAAUUGGGAGGAAAGUUAGUGAACACCAGAAAAUGGAUUGGCCCCACAGAAGUAGUCAUAUUAUUGUCUAGUUUAAGAAUAAAAUGCCAGCUGGUAGAUUUUUAUACACCAACUAAUUCUGAUGGCGGACAUCCGGAAAUGUUUAAUUGGGUUUUACAAUACUUCCAACGGUGCGAUGAUUUUAAGCCACCUCUUUAUUUGCAGCAUCAAGGUCAUAGUAGAACAAUAAUAGGAAUAGAACAGUUAAGAGAUGGUUCAAUAACAAUGUUAGUACUUGAUCCAAGCCAUAGUCCAGCACAAAUGGCACAAUUUAACAGUACAAGUAGUGCACUUGGUGCAAUGCGUUUGGUACGCAAAUCGAUUGCAGCAAUGAAAGCAAGACAGUAUCAAGUCGUUGCUGUUACUGGUAUCAUGGAAACCGAUUUAGAAUAUCAUGAAAGCAAAGUAUUACGUUUGAUUCGAGUGCCGCAAGAUAGGUGAGAUUUAUUGGCUCGAAAAGAAAUUAAAUAUUUUGGGAAGACGAUAGACUGCCUCAAACCAAUUUUAUCCAGCAUCCUUAAAGUUACAUGACCGCAAUGUUCUAGGUUUUAUCAUUAGGAGAUUUGCUCCAUCGUAGUAGUUGCAGAAGUAUUAUUUAACAAUAUAUUCUUGCAUAUUUCCGCCAUCAUAUGUCGGCUCCUCAAAUUAUGUGUAUCUAAACCUGCGUCGUGAUUCAGAAUUUUUGGAAAAUUGACCGACGAAUCUAUAAAAGUUGUAAUUUCUAAAAAAAAAAAGGUGUCUAUAUGUCGCGCGUAUUGAUCUUUUUUAAAUUCAGGAUCGGCUCUGAAAAUAUUGUAUUAGAAUGUGUGCUUGAGAAAGAAAGUUACCGUCACGAUGAAUUUUAAAGACAAAAUAAAUUCGAUCGCCAUUUCUUGAUCAUAAUGUUCUGCUCAAUUUUCGUCGCACCGAACAGGCUGUGCUAAUUUUUAGUCGACCAAUCGUCCUAUGCCGAUCGGUUGCAUCAGCGAAAAAAGCCAUGGCAGAGCUUAAAAAAUGAGACUCUUUCGUAGCUGUGAUGCUGUUAUCGAUUUAAUGCUAAUCACCGAUUCUAAAUAUUUUUGAAGACACUCCAUGUGAUCGAAAUAUUAAAGAAAGCAUUGUCCGCGUUUUAUUUUCUUUUUCACUUGUACUUUACAUUUUUAAUAAACGUUGUUGUCAAAAUGUUGUCAAUUUUUAGUCAAUAAAAGUACCAAUAACAAUACAUCGCAAUGCUCGUGGCGAUAACAAAUUUUAUAUAUACCGUUAAAGAAAUUAUUCUCUAAUCAAUUUUUAUUAUUGUUGUUGCUUUUACAAAGUUUUUGGGGUGUCUGCAAGAAUAGAUAAUAUAUUUCCAUACAUUAUAUAUACAUUUAUCUAUAUACAUAUACACAUACUUGCACACACACUUCGUUAUAUUAUACUUCAUUCACUCAUACAUAAAGUACAACUACUUUCAUACUACUUAUGAAUAUUCUAUUUAAUUAUUGAAUUACUUUAAGGCUACCCAUACCUUAAUUUAUAAGUCAAACACAAUGUUGUGAGAGGAAAUCAGAGAAUGACAUAGUACAGUCCAUUAAUUGGACAUUGUACAACGAGUACAUUGUAUGACAAGUUGCAUUGUUUUUAUUAUUACAUUUAUAAUCAUCAGCAUUAUUGUUAUUAUUAUUACACUUAUUGUAUAUUAUAAAUUAUAUUGAUACACAUGUGUA